AUGUUCGCCGAAUGCUCAGCACCCCUGAACAUCGAGGUCCGCGGCUUCAUUCCAGACACACUCUGGAAAUUCAUUCGCUUCGGAAAUGCGAUUGUCCGUGUCAUCCCUGCCGUGCUGACUGCUCCUCGCCUGCGAGCAUUACACGUGAUUGACCAAGUCGCAUACUCCGAACCAAGUCUGUCAGAUGGACAACUAUCGUCUAAGAUUCCCCCGAUUCCAACCUCUGUCAUAGAGUUGAGAUGGACCAGAGACCAAUUCAUCUUCGCCAGAGACGCCCAGAUAUCGGAUGAGGCAGCUGUGAUUCGUUCGCUGGCCUUUCUUCUUAGGCUUUCGGUCCAAGCAUUGAGCCUGCCCAUCGAGUCGGCUCCAAUUCGCGAGCUUUCCACACUCACCUGGCCUCAUCUUACCGAUCUCUCGCUCACCGCGAAUCGACCAUCAUCAAUCAUACCGCUAACAGGCGACUUUCCCUCUAUCAUCACCAACAUGCCCCGUCUUACCGUCUUCAGCCUGAUGCUACCCCAAGCAUCGUCAGCCUUAAGAUCAACCAUCGUUUUCCCCAAUAGCUCGACUACGACACCUCCCCUCGAGUGCCUCCGGAGCAUGACACUAGCUUACCCGAACCCGGAAGACCUCAUAUUUGACCAUCUUCCAGCAUCGCUAUGGCACCUAUCACUAACCGACUGCCCUCGGCAUUACCUAUCUCUGGACGGUCCAAAUCCUGUCCGAGUGUACAACUACUCUUCGCCCAUCAUCACUUCUUCCGAGCUCCGGAGUAUAAUUGAUCGUUGCAAAACUCCUGCUCUUAAGAGUCUCGAAGUCGUCUACCAGGCAGACAAACUGGAGGUGGAGACUUUGGGCCUGAUCGCCCGCAAGUUCUCGCAACUUCAUACACUCAAACUAUUCCGCUACACAUCAUCUGACGAUGAUCCCGUAGACGCUACGGUCGUUGCAUCAGCGCUUUCGCCGCUCAAAGAACUUCGUUACAUAUAUGUACACCUCGAUAACCCGAGAGCCCCGCGUUCUCGCCCCAGACAGCCGGUGAAGGAACAAUAUGCUGUCGUGAGGUUUUGGGACGGACUUCAAAACACCGCGGACAUUUUUGCGAAUGCAUUCACACCCCAACUGGACAGGAUUUACCUGCUCGAGCGCUACUAUUGGUCGACGUAUUGGACGAGAUGGAGUGUGAGGUAUGGGGAUGGGGAUGGGGAUGGGGGAGACGGCGGUGUCGAUGGUGGGUCCGGCAUCGGGAAGGAAGUGUAUUGUUGUCCCUACUCUGAACCGGAUCUCAAAGACGAGGACUUGGCAUCAGAUCUUCCACCCGACCAGAUCCCAUCGUCGAUCGUCGAGCUAAGAUGGUGCAGAGACCAGUGGAGUUUUGCGACUGACGCACAGAUAUCGGACGAGGCUGCUUUCAUACGCGCACUUACAUUUCCUCUCAGACUCUCCCUACAAACCCUAAGUGUUCCCAUCGAGUCUGCUCCCAUUCGCGAGCUGUCCACACUCAUCUGGCCACAACUUACCGAUCUCUCCAUACCUCGUCUUUGGAACCUCAGCGUGUUGCUCCCUCAAUCAUCAUCAUUUCCUCGUUCGACCACUCUUCUCCCCAUUACUUCGGCUGCAACUCCUCCUCUUGAGUCCCUCCAAAGCCUAACACUAGCCUACCCAAACCCCGCAGACCUCAUAUUCGACCAUCUCCCACCCUCACUCCAUCACCUCUCACCAACCGACUGCCCCCGCCAUUACCUCCUUGUCGACACCUCGAAUCCGCUCUACGAAUACAGCUACGACUCGCCCAUUCUCACUUCGUCCGAGUUGGGAGGAAUCGUUCGGCGCUGCGAUACGCCUGACCUUGAGAGCCUCGAGGUCGUGUAUCGGGCGGAUGCAGCGGAGGUGGAUACUUUGGGGAUGAUUGCACGCAGGUUUUCGGGCAUAAGGACACUAAGGGUAUUCCGCUACGUUGACUCCGCUGACGAUCCUGUCGACGCCGUGAGCAUCCAUGUCCUAUCAUAA